UCAAGAUGCCACGAACUUGGUUGUUAUUUCUCAGCGAGAUGCUGAUUUUCUUUUAUACGUUGGCUGUGAUGAGUGUCCUGCGAGUGGCAUUGGAGGUACAGGAAAAGACAAUGGACAGUCAGCUAUAUGUGAGUCUGUUUGCUUUAGAGAAGCUGCAGCUUGUGCUGGAGAAUCGCGAGAAUGUGGAGUAUUAUGGACGCAUUGGAAUGGGUACACCGCCCCAGUUAUUUAGAGUGCUCUUCGAUACCGGUUCGGCCAAUACUUGGCUGCCUUCAUGCAAUUGCCCCGAUAAUAAUAUAGCCUGCCAGCGUCACAGUCGCUACAAAGCGCACAAGUCAAAAAGUUAUGUGAAAAAUGGACACAACUUCUCCAUUGCAUAUGGCAAUGGACAUGUGAGUGGCUAUCUGUCCCAGGACACAAUACAAGUGGGCGAUGCGAUAGUACCAGGCUUGAUAUUUGGCGAGACAUUGUCGCAUCAUCAAUCGACCUUCGAAGGUACGACUUUCGAUGGCAUUGUUGGGCUGGGCUUCAGCCAAAUUGGUUGGCAAAACUCGACCCCGUUCCUGGAGCUCUUCUGCCAGCAGCAUCAAUUCGAGCGAUGCAUAUUCUCUGUUUAUCUGCGUCGCAUGCCCGGCGAACUCUACGGAGGCGAGAUUAUAUUUGGGGGCAUCGAUAGCUCCCGCUACAAGGGCGUGUUGCACUAUGUACCUGUGUCUGUUGUCGGUUACUGGCAGUUUGAAAUAUCGGCCAUAUUUGUGGACAGUCGUCCCUUCCAUGGCCCAGUCACUGCCAUUUUGGAUACGGGUACCUCACUGAUUCUAAUACCUCAGACCGUCUUCAGUCAGGUACAAGAGGCGAUUGGGGCAAAGAUAAAGAACGAUAGCUAUGCCGUCAGCUGUGACAGGCAGGGGCUGCUGGAUAUUCAGUUUCAAAUUGGAGACGAGAGCUUUACACUAAGGCCCGAAGACUAUGUAGUAAGACUAGAGACUGCAGAGGAGACGACUUGUACAAGUGGAUUUGCGCCAAUCGAAAGCAGUUUCUGGGUGCUUGGAGAUAUCUUCUUGGCGCGCUUCUAUACUGUUUAUGAUGCGGAGGCCAAACGCAUUGGACUUGCCGAAGCAGUCCUAGAUUUGGACUAGUAUUUUAUACAACAUUAAUUAUUAUUUUAUUUCAAGAAAUAAAACCAUAAAAAUUAUAAUUAUCAAAUAAAAAUACAGAGUACACAAACAAAUAGUAUUUUGUGAUUAAAUAUUCAAAUGAAAUAUCUACUUAUGUGAACGAAGAUAGCCU